AUGGUUUCCCUCCUUGCUCUCGUCCCUCUUUUGGCACUUGCCCAGUUACCUGGCGUUCUCGGUCAUGCCCUGGUCACUAGCCCCGCAAUCCGUGCUCCUGGCCCUGCCUUCCAAGAAGCCUGCGGGACCACAUCGUUCAACGCUGUCACAAAUAUUCCUGAUGGCCACAUUGAAGAGCAGGAACCAGUUACACCAGGCUGCGAGCUGACUCUAUGCCGUGGAAUGCUGUUCGAAGAUCAACCCAGCACCAACGUCCUCAAAGUCAAGCCACUGCAGAAGAUGCAAAUGGCUGUGGACUGCACCAUUCCACACGGAGGGCCUGCUAAUGUUUCCCUCGUAGACACGACCGUUGGCGGGGCUGGCGAGAUUGUUGGCUCUUUCCUCAAGACAUUUGACGACUUUUGCCCCACAACUGGUGCGAUUCCAGCAGAUCAGUCCACCCUCCAGUACACACUUCCUGAUGCGGCCACUAUUGGUACCAAGUGUCGCCGCCCUGGAGAAUGUGUCGUCCAACUGUUCUGGGCCACCCCCGGGCUUGAUCAGAACUACUACUACUGCGUGGACGUUGUCAUGGCUGCUGCGAAGCGAGCUUCUGCGACGAAAAAGAUAACUGCGGCCACUAAGAAAGCUACAGCCACCAAAAAGGUCGUUGCGAGCAAAAAAGCUACUCUCGCUGCUCCAACCAUCACGCGCGCGGUCCUUGCGCCAACUUUGAAGGCUCCGGCGGUGGCCAAAAAGCUCACUUCGGUUCGCGUCGCCGCUAAGCCAGUUCAAACUCCCCCAGCGGUCGUCGUGGAAGCGCCAGUGGUUGAUGUAGAGGAGCCAGUGGUUGAUGUAGAAGAGCCAGCGGUCGAUGUUGAAGAAACGACAGUAGAACCAGUUGUGGAUGUCGAAGAAACGACGGUUGACGAAGCGGCACUCGAAAGACGGUAUGCCAAUGCUGGAGUGAGGGAAACGGUGCUGAACGGGUGGAUCGUGCUAUCGCUAAUCCUGGGUUUUGUUUUGUACUGA